CUCACUCCUUAUUAUUAUUAUUACUUUUGAGACAGGGUCUGCCUCUGUCACCCAGGCUGGAGUGCAGUAGUAGAAUCAUUGCUCACUGCAGUCUGGAACUCCUGGACUCAAGCCAACCUCCUAUCUCAGCCUCCCAAAAUGCUGGGACUAUAGGAAUGCACCAUUGUGACUGGCCAAUUUGAAUUUUUUUAAAGAGAUGGGGUCUUGCUAUGUUGCCCAGGUGGGUCCUGAACUUCUGGCCUCUAGAGAUAUUCCUGCCUUGGCUUUCCAAAGUGGUAGAUUACAGGUGUGAGUCACUGUACCUGGCUAGGUACAUUAUUAUUAUCAUCAUUAUUUUUUUAAUUGUAAUACAUUUAAAUAUUGUAUUCACUUUGGGGUGAAGGCAAUUUUUUUAUUGCAUUUUAUGUUUUGGGGUACAUGUGAAGAACAUGUAAGAUUGCUGCAUAGGUACACACAUGGCAGUUUGAUUUGCUGCCUUCCCCCAUCACCUAUAUCUGGCAUUUCUCCACAUGCUAUCUCUCCCCAACUCCCCACCCCCACUGUCCCUCCCCUAUUUCCCCCCAACAGACCUCAGUGUGUGAUGCUCCCAUCCCUGUGUCCAUGUGUUCUCAUUGUUCAACACCCACCUAUGAGUGAGAACAUGCGGUGUUUGAUUUUCUGUAUUGUCAUGUUGCUGAGAAUGAUGAUUUCCAGGUUCAUCCAUGUCCCUACAAAGGACACGAAUUCAUCAUUUUUGAUGACUGCAUAGUAUUCCAUGGUGUAUAUGUGCCACAUUUUCCCUGUCCAGUCUAUCAUUGAUGGGCAUUUGGGUUGGUUCCAGGUCUUUGCUACUGUAAACUGUGCUGCAAUGAACAUUCGUGUGCAUGUGUCCUUAUAGUAGAACAAUUUAUAAUCUUUCAGAUAUAUACCCAGUAAUGGGAUCGCUGGGUCAAAUGGAAUUUUUAUGUCUAGGUCCUUGAGGAAUCGCCACACUGUCUUCCACAAUUGUUGAACUAAUUUACACUCCCACCAACAGUGUAAAAGUGUUCCUAUUUUUCCACAUCCUCUCCAGCAUCUGUUGUCUCCAGAGUUUUUAAUGAUCGCCACUCUAACUGGCAUGAGAUGGUAACUCAGUGUGGUUUUGACUUGCAUUUCUCUAAUGACCAGUGUUGAUUAGCAUUUUUUUCAUAUGUUUGUUGGCCUCAUGUAUGUCUUUUUGUUUGUUUGUUUGUUUUUGAGACGGAGUUUCGCUCCUGUUACCCAGGCUGGAGUGCAAUGGCACGAUCUCGGCUCACCGCAACCUCCGCCUCCUGGGUUCAGGCAAUUCUCCUGCCUCAGCCUCCUGAGUAGCUGGGAUUACAGGCAUGCGCCACCAUGCCCAGCUAAUUUUUUGUAUUUUUAGUAGAGAUGGGGUUUCACCAUGUUGACCAGGAUGGUCUCGAUCUCUUGACCUCGUGAUCCACCCGCCUCGGCCUCCCUAAGUGCUGGGAUUACAGGCGUGAGCCAACACGCCCGGCCCUGUCUUCUUUUGUAAAGUGUCUGUUUAUAUCCUUUGCCCAGUUUUGAAUGGGCUUGUUUGUUUUUUUUUCUUGUAAAUCUGUUUUAGUUCUUUGUAGAUUGUGGAUAUCAGCCCUUUGUCAAAUGGGUAUUGCAAAAAUUUUUUCCCAUUCUGUUGGUUGCUGAUUCACUCUAAUGAUCAUUUCUUUUGCUGUGCAGAGGCUGGUGGAGUUUGAUUAGGUCCUAUUUGUUUGUUUGGCUUUCUUUGCAAUGCUUUUGGUGUUUUAGUCAUGAAGUCCUUGCUUAUGCCUAUGUCAUAAAUGGGUUUUGCCUAGAUUUUCUUCUAGGGUUUUUAUGGUGUUAGGUCUUAUGUUUAAGUCUUUAAUCCAUCUGGAGUUAAUUUUAGUGUAAGGUGUCAGGAAGGGGCCCAGCUUCUGCUUUCUGCACAUGGCUAGCCAGUUUUCCAAACACCAUUUAUUAAACAGGGAAUCCUUUCCCCAUUGCUUGUUUUUGUCAGGUUUGUCAAAGAUGAGAUGGUUGUAGAUGUGUGACAUUUCUUCCACAGCCUGUGUUCUGUUCUCUUGGUCUAUGUCUCUGUUGUGGUACCAGUACCAUACUGUUUUGAUUACUGUAGCCUUGUAGUAUAGUUUGAAGUCCGAUAGUGUGAUGCCUCCCACUUUGUUCUUUUUGCUUAGAAUCGACUUGGCUAUGUGGGCUCUCUUUUUGUUCUGCAUGAAGUUUAAGGUGGGUUUUUCCAGUUCUCUGAAGAAGGUCAUUGGUAGCUUGAUGGGGAUAGAACUGAAUCUGUAAAUUACUUUCAGCAGUAUGGCCAUUGGUGAUAGAGUUUUUAUUGUGUCUAUUUGAUUCUUCUGUCUUUUAUUUUGUAUUAGUCUGGUUAAUGAUCUACCUAUUUUGUUAAUCUUUUCAAAAAACCACCUUCUGGAUUUAUUGAUUUUUUUGGAGGGUCUUUUGUGUCUCUGUCUCCUUCAGUCCUGCUCUGAUCUUGGUUAUUUCUUGUUUUUCACCAGCUUUUGAAUUUGUUUGCUCUUGUGUCUCUAGUUCUUUUAAUUGUGAUGUUAGGGUGUUGAUUUAGAUCUUUCUUGCUUUCUCUUCUGGGCAUUUAGUGCUAUAAAUUUCCCUCUGAACACUGCUGUGUCUGCAUUCCAGAUAUUCUGGUACAUUGUGUCUUGUUCUCAUUGGUUUCAAAGAUCUUCUUAAUUUCUGCCUUAACUUCAUCAUUUAUCUACUAGUCAUUCAGGAGCAGGUUGUUCAGUUUCCAUGUAGUUAUGUGGUUUUGAGUGAGUCUCUUAAUCCUGAGUUCUAGUUUGAUUGCACUGCAGUCUGAGAGAUUGUUUGCUAUGAUUUCCAUUCUUUGCAUUUGCUUACGAGUGUUUCACUUCUAGUUAUAUAGUGAAUUUUAGAAUAAGUGCUAUAGGUGCUAAGAAGAAUGAAUAUUCUGUCUAUUUGGGGUAGAGAGUUCUGCAGAUGUCUACUAGGUGUGCUUGGUCCAGAUAUUCAAGUCCUGAAUAUCCUUGUUAAUUUUCAGUCUUGUUGAUCUGGUAAUGUUGACAGUAGGGUUUUAAAGUCUCCCACUAUUAUUGUGGGGAAGUCUAAGUCUCUUUGUAUGUCUCUAAGAACUUGCUUUAUGAAUCUGGGUGCUCCCAUAUUGGUUGCAUACAUACCUAAGAUAGCUCUUCUUGUUGCAUUGAUCCCUUUAACAUUAUGUAAUGUCCUUCUUUGUCUCUUUUGAUCUCUGCUGGUUUAAAGUCUGUUUUAUCAGAGACUAGGAUUGCAACCCCUGUUUUUUUUCCUUUGCUUUCUAUUUUCUUGGUAAAUCUUUCUCCAUUUCUUUAUUUUGAGUCUAUGUGUGUCUUUGCACAUGAGAUGGGUCUCUUUAAUACAGCACAUUGAUCCAUCUUGACUAUCCAAUUUGCCAGUCUGUGUCUUUUAAUUGGGGCAUUUAGCCCAUUUACAUUUAAGGAUAAUAUUGUUAUGGGUGAAUUUGAUCCUGUCAUUAUGAUGCUAGCUGGUCAUUUUGGCCAUUAGUUGAUGCUGUUUCUUUAUAGUGUCAAUGGUCUUUACCAUUUGGUAAGCUUUUGCAGUGGCUUGUACUGUUUUUUUCUUUCCAUGUUUAGUGCUUCCUUCAGGGGCUCUUGAAAGGCAGGCCUGGUGGUGACAAAAUCUCUCAGCAUUUGCUUGUUGUAAAGGAUUUUAUUUCUCCUUCGUUUAUGAAGCUUAUUGUGGCUGGAUAUGAAAUUCUGGGUUGAAAAUUCUUUUCUUCGAGGAUUUAAAUUUUUGGUCCCCACUCUCCUCUGGCUUGUAUGGUUUCUGCAGAGAUAUCAGCUAUUAGUUUGAUGGGGUUACCUUGGUGAGUAACCUGACCCUUCUCUCUGGCUUCCUUAACAUUUUUUCCUUCGUUUCAACUGUGGUGGAUCUGACAAAAUGUGUCUUCAAGUUGCACUUCUUGAGGAGUAUGUUUGUGGUGUUCUCUGUAUUUUUUGAAUUUGAACUGUGGCCUGUCUUGCUAGGUUAGGGAAGUUACCCUGGAUAAUAUCUUGAAAUGUUUUUUCCAACUUGGUUCCAUUCUCCCCAUCACUUUCAGGUACAGGAAUUAAAGGUAGGUUUGGUCUUUUUACAUAGUCCCAUAUGUUUUGGAUGCUUUGUUCAUUUCUUUUCAUUCUUUUUUUCUCUAAUCUUGUCUUCACACUUUAUUUCAUUAAGUUGAUCUUUAGUCUCUGAUAUUCUUUCUUCUGGUUGAUUGAUUUGGCCAUUGAUACUUGUAUGUGCUUUACAAAGUUCUCAUGUUGUAUUUUUCAGCUCCAUCAGGUCAUUUAUUUUCUUCUCUAAAUUGGUUAUUCUAGUUAGCAAUUCUUCUAAUCUUUUUUCAAGGUUCUUAGCUUCCUUUUAUUGGGUUAAAACAUGGUCCUUUAGCUCAGAGGAGUUUGUUAUUACCCACAUUGUGAAGGGUACUUUUGUCAAUUUGUCAAAAUCAUUCUCUAUCCAGUUUUGUUCCUUGCUGGCAAGGAGUUAUGCUCCUUUGGAGGAGAAGAGGCAUUCUGGUUUUUUGAAUUUUUGGCGUUUUUUGCAAUGAUUUUUCCUCAUCUUUUGUGGAUUUAUCUACCAUUUGCCUUUCAUGUGGUGGGCUUGGGUGGCGUUUCUGUUGGACCUCUUUUUGUUUGAUGUUGAUGCUAUUCCUUUCUGAUUGUUAGUUUUCCUUCUAAUAGUCAGGCCCCUCUGCUGUAGGUCUGCUCGAGUUUGCUGGAGGUCCACUCCAGACCCUGUUUGCCUGUAUCACCAGCAGAGCCUGCUCCUUCCAUGGGAAGCUUUGUCUUAGAGGAACACCACCCAGAUGCCAGCUGGAACUGUCCUGUAUUAAGUGUCUGUCAACCCCUGUGGGGAGGUGUCUCCCCAUCAGGAGGCACGGAGCUCAGGACCCACUUGAGGAGGCAGUCUAUUCCUUAGCAGAGGUUGAGUGCAGUGCUGGGAGACAUGCUGCUGUCUCCAGAGCUAGCAGGCAGGAAUGUUUAAGUCUGCUGAAGAUGCACCCACAGCCACCCCUUCCUCCAGGUGCUCUGUCCCAAGGAGAUGGGAGUUUUAUCUAUAAGCCCCUGACUGAGGCUGCUGCCUUUCUUUUAGAGAUAACCUGCCCAGACAGGAGGAAGCUAGAGAGGCAGUCUGGCUACCCAGCUGUGGUGGACUCUGCCCAGUUUGAAUUUCCUGGCAGCUUUGUUUACACUGUGAGGGGAAACUGUCUACUCAAGCCUCAGUAAUGGCUGACAUCCCUCCCUCCACCAAGCUAGAGCAUCCUAGGUUGACUUCAGAUGGCUGUGCUGUCAGUGAGAAUUUCAAACCAGUGGAUCUUAGGUUGCUGGGCUUCAUGGGAGUGAGACCUGCUGAACUAGACCACUUGGCUCUCUGGCUUCAGCCCUCUUUCCAGGAGAGUGAAUUGUUCUGUCUCGCUGGCAUUCCAGGUACCACUGGGAUGUGAGAAAAAUAUUCUGCAGCUAGCUUGCUGUGAGUCCAAAUGGCUGUCCAGUUUUGGGGUGAACCAGAAGUCGAGAGGUGGGGGUACACCCGUCAUGCAUGUGCAAACAUGGUUGUCAGAAGGUGCUGAGGCUAAGGCAAACAAUGGCGGAGCUGGAUGAAGCCGAUGAAGCGAAAUUGCAAUGCUUGGUGGCUGCUGAACAGCAGAAGGCUCAGUUUACUGCACAGAUGCAUCAUUUCAUGGAACUAUGUUGGGAUAAGUGUGUGGAGAAGUCAUGGAAUUGCCUAGAUUCUUGCACUGAAAACUGUCUCUCCAACUCUGUAGACCGCUUCAUUGACACCACUCUUGCCAUUACCAGUCGGUUUGCCCAGAUUGUACAGAAAGGAGGGCAGUAGGCCAUCCCCCAGGAGAAUGAUAGAAGCAAAGGACUUGUUAUUAAGCAGACUGAAGGGCCAGUAGGGGAAGGUUGUCAGCCCAUUGUGAGAUCAGCCUCAGGCUGUUAUCAAGUCUGUUGGUGCCAAAAAGUAAAAGAUGAAAUGUUC